AUGUCCUGCCAUCCUCCCAUCGAGUUUCUUGUUCAUCCUCCUUCACCUCCACCCUCUGAACCAGAACCUUGUGUACUUCCACCUGUCAGCGACAUUUUGCCAAAUGCACCUUAUAACUCUAGUUCUCCUAGUCUUCGGCUUCCAGAUCUUCAGUCACUCAUACCACAGCUACAUGAUAUCAUGCCUGUAGAACCUCGUCCGAGACUUAUGCUCACUAUUCCCUUUGACCAAGCAUCUCACUCGACCUGUUCUUCUCCAACAUCACCCUUCCAGAACUUCUCCUUUGACACACCCUUUACAUCCCCCGCAUCUUCGCCCACACCAAACUCAAACAUUAAAGACGAUCUGGGUCGUCCAUUUCUACUUCCACCCCCCAAUAUAUCACCCUAUCACCAACCACACCAGCAAUCCCGCCGGAUGUCCGACUCUUCUUUUCAUUCUGCUCACUCUGUUAACUCUGCCCAUUCCGCUCAUUCCGCUUACUCUGCUUACUCUGCACGCUCUGGUCAUUCUGCUCAUUCUGCACAGUCUAGUAACUCUGCUUAUUUCUCUGCAGCCUCUUCUGUCCAUUCUGCCUUUCGGCCAGUGUCUAGGUCAGGUUCUGUAUCCAGUGUUCUAUCUCGUUCACCUUCAGUCGUUUCCGAGUCAAGUACUACGAGUAGCAGCAAUAACAGCACAACGGCUACCUUAGACAUCCCAACGCCAGCCAAGCGUAAGAGAGGAAGACCACCAAAUGCUGCCCGGUCUGCACAGUCUGCCCAAUCUUUUGUAUUUGUCACCCCGACCGUUUGGGAAGUCAAGCGAAACGACGCACAACCCAAUAGACAAUGUCAGCAGGAUGGUGGUGCUAUCGAAUCCACGCCAGGCUAUUGGUCACAGCCGUCCAAUUACAAUAACGACACAGACGAACGAGGUAUCAAUGGUGAAGAACAACGAAAGUCAACCACCAGCCUGAAUACAUUCACGAGCACCAAGAUGGACACGACUCUCACCAUGCCCAAGAAAAAAAGAGGCCGAAAGCCAAAAAUGCAACUCCAGGGCAAUUCAUGCUUUGUGUGGCGCGAUCUCACAGCACGCCGUGGAGCAAAUAAAAAACAACGCCAAAAGAAGAACGUACCUCCGGUCUUGUUGGCAGCCAUGCCCAGUCCAGAGCAGGACGAGCAGGAUGAUGAGAUUGAUGAUACUGAUAUGGAUCUUACGCUUAAUCAUGUCAAACGACUGUGCAUUGAAGAAACAGACGAAUAA